AUGGGUCGCGAAAACAAUAUGCCACCAAACGCCACCACCACCGUUACCGAAAAUGAACCUAUCGCCAAGGUUUUUGAAAAUACCGCCACCGGUGUCCUGUCCGAGCAGGAGGCUGAAACCGUUGACGGAGGUUUGGCGAAAAAUAUUGAAACCUUUAAAAAGGCCGAUGAGCGAAAAUUGGAAAUUGUAUGGAUAAAUGUUAUUGGUUUUGUUUAUGUGUAUGCAGCAUCGUUUUAUGGCGUGUAUUUGAUGUGUACCUCAGCCAAGUGGCAGACAAAUGUUUUGGGUACUCUCCUUACUUACAUUACUGGCUUUGGUAUAACUGCUGCUGCCCAUCGUUUGUGGGCCCAUCGUGCCUAUAAAGCCAAUUUGCCUAUGCGUAUUAUGUUGAUUAUUUUCAAUACCAUCGCUUUCCAAAAUUCCGUAUAUGUCUGGGCCCGUGAUCAUCGUGUACAUCAUAAGUUCUCUGAGACCGAUGCUGAUCCUCAUAAUGCCACACGUGGUAUGUUCUUCUCGCACAUUGGUUGGUUGAUGUGCAAAAAACAUCCCGAAGUUAAGGCCAAGGGCAAGACCAUUGAUAUGUCCGAUUUGGAAGCUGAUCCCAUUGUUAUGUUCCAACAUAAAUACUAUUAUUUCCUGAUGCCCAUUGCCUGCUUCAUCUUGCCAGCCAUUGCCCCAAUGUAUUUCUUCAAUGAGACCUUCUCCAACUCCUGGCACAUCUGUGUUAUGCUACGUUGGUGUUUCCUACUCAACUCUGCCUGGUUGAUUAACAGUGCUGGCCACAAAUAUGGCAGCAGACCCUAUGACAAAUCCUACAAUCCCGCUGAAAAUAGCUUCAUUGCCUUUUUGACCUUGGGUGAAGGUUGGCACAACUAUCAUCACGUCUUCCCCUGGGAUUACAAGACCUCUGAAUUGGGUGAUUAUGCCUUCAAUUAUACCACCGCCUUUUUGGAUUUCUUUGCCAAAAUCGGUUGGGCCUAUGAUCUGAAAACAGUUUCCGAUGAAAUUAUUAAGAAACGUGUUCAACGUACCGGCGAUGGCAGCCAUCCCAUAUGGGGUUGGGGUGAUAAGGAUCAGAGUAAAGAUGAAAUUGAUGCUGCUAUCAUUGUUAACAAGAAGGACAAAUGA